GUCAUCAUCACCUAUAUCUCUUCUUCUUCUCUUUCUGAGGAGAUACAAUCUCAUCUUCCUUUCCUAGGUUGCCUCCCAUGGCAGGCAUGUUGGCUUAUUAACACUACCUGGUUUAUUUAUCCCAUCAAUACUCUUCUUCUUCCCCUCACCAUCCCUACUUAUCAAGUUCAAUUCAACUCACUUUGAUUAUUCACUCUUCUGCAAUUACAGGAGACAUAUAAUAAUAAGGGCGAGAUAUAUGGCACGGGAGAUUUGUGAAGAUAAAUCAAGGAGCUUUGUCUACUCAGAUGAUUCAUCUACUAAUCCCACAAUCAGUACCCAUCUGGUUAACCAGAUCCAAGGCUUUGAUUCCAACCCAGAGAUCUUCAACUUGACCACAAGCAUGGAGAUGAUAGGAUUCUCAAAGAAUCAUCAUCAUCAUCAACCGGGUGAUGCCACAAGCUCUGCUCAUUUAUGGAGGACUUUCUUUAACAAGCCAGGAAACAACGCUUCCUCUUCAAAACCAACAACAUCAAUCAAUGAGUCGACUAGUGAUUUCUACCAGAACGAGUUCAACACAAGUGGUGAGAAUCUACUGGUUGGACAUGACUCCGCUCCAUGGCAAGACAACAGGCAGCAGCUGCUCGUAGAUGAUUCUUCUUUGAGGUGUGUUUUCCCUUGCGAAGGAAAUGAAAGACCAAGUCAAGGUCUUUCUCUCUCUCUUUCUUCGACCAACCCAACUAGUAUUGGCUUACAGUCUUUUGAAUUGAGACAAACCAGUCAAAACAAUCAUGAUCAAGGAGAUGAUAUGAGGUUUAUGGGUUCAAGUUGCUUCUUUAACAAAUCUGCAAACAUUCAACAAUUGAUUCAUCAUCAAGGACAGUUUCAGCUAAGAAGCUCCAAGUAUCUGGGUCCUGCUCAGGAGCUUUUGAAUGAGUUUUGCAGCCUUGCGUCGUCUAAACAAACCGAUGUAUCAAAGCCAAAGAUCAAUAAAUCCAAACAAUGGGAUGAUGAAGGUUCCAGCACUUGUUCAAGAAAACAAGCCCUGCAUUCUCUUGAAUUUUUCGAAUUACAGAAAAGAAAAACGAAGCUGCUUUCAAUGCUAGAAGAGGUGGACAGAAGAUACAGAAACUACUGCGAUCAAAUGAAGGCCGUCGUAUCAUCUUUCGAAGCCGUCGCGGGUAUCGGAGCGGCGGCGGUUUACUCAGCUUUGGCAUCAAAAGCCAUGUCAAAGCAUUUUAGAUGCUUAAGAGACGGAAUAAUUGAUCAAAUUCAUGCGACAAAGAAGGCGAUGGGUGAGAAAGACCCAGUGGCACCAGGCACCACAAGAGGUGAAACUCCAAGGCUUAGGCUGCUGGAUCAAACAUUCAGACAACAAAGAGCGUAUCAGCAGAUGAGCAUGAUGGAGAGUCAUCCAUGGAGGCCGCAAAGGGGAUUACCAGAGAGAUCUGUAUCUGUUCUUCGAGCUUGGUUGUUCGAGCAUUUUUUACACCCGUACCCAAGCGAUGUCGAUAAACAUAUCUUAGCUCGCCAAACUGGUCUUUCAAGAAGUCAGGUGUCCAAUUGGUUCAUUAAUGCAAGAGUAAGACUGUGGAAGCCAAUGGUUGAAGAAAUGUACUUGGAAGAAACAAAAGAGGAAGACGACAAGAUGAACAACAAGGCCUCCUCGGAUGAUGUUGAUGACGACAAUGGCCGGCCUAACAAUCAGAAUCUAAUUCAUACAGAUGAAAAGCCCACACCCGACCAACUUCUUCGGAUUGAUUCAGAAUGUCUCUCCUCCAUCAUCAAUAAUAGCCCUGCAGAAAAGAUCAAUCACCCUAAACCCACCAAAACUACCCUUCAUCAUCAUCAUCAUCAUCAACCAACUUUUGGCUCCUACGCUCCCAUGGAACUCGACUUUUCUUCCUACAAUCCUGAUCAUGGCUUAUCUUAUGAUUCCACCAACCAAACCUUCAAUGGUGGAGUGUCUUUGACUUUAGGGUUGCAGCAACACGGAGGGAGUGGAGGAGUGAGUCUGGCAUUCUCUCCUGCAUCACAAACUUCGUUGUUUUACACUACUACUAGAUCAGAUCACAUGGAAGAUUGCCAACAAGUUCAAUACUCACUUUUAGAAGGUGAAGCACAACAUUUGCCCUAUAGAAAUUUGAUGGGUGCUCAGUUGCUUCAUGACUUGGCUGGAUAACUACGUACUUCUCAUGGGACCCAUUUAUAUAUAUGGCUACCUAUAUCACAAAUAUAAACAUGAUAAAAAUUGAUACUUCAUACAUAUAUAUACAUAAAAGUUUACACGUGGUUAAUUAUAUAUAUAUAUAUAUAUAUAGUACAUGGGAUUUAUAUUAGAUUAAUUACUCCUUGGGUGGUAGCUAAAUUUUACAUCCUUCUUUCAACUGGAAGGACAUACGUUUAAUUAUUAUUAUUAUUGCUGUUUAGGUUUAUUUGCACAUCAUGUGCCGUGUGUGUGUAUUGAUGCAAGCUUCUUCUUCUUCUU